UGUGGAAAGACUAUCGAGAAGCAUGCCGGUGGUGUGCUUGGCUGGCAAGCACUAAUCAAUUGGAUAUGGAUCGCAAAACGCCAAAUACAAGUAAGGUUUGGUGUUUGUCAUGUAAUGUGCCGCUCUGUUGUAACAGCAGUCGAAAUUGUUUUCUUGGCUUUCACCUCGAAAACAAGGAAUCAUUGA